AUGCGGGUCAAUUUCUGGAUAUGCGCCACCGUCGCCGCAACAUUCGCAGCGCAGGACGUUGCGGACAACGUCCAGAUCGAUGAUCAGCUCACGAUCAACUCCACUGCUGGACACGACCUACCAAUCCCGCCGGCGUGUGCGGACUCAUGCCGAGAGCAAUUCCCCAUCAACCUGACCACAGCAUGUACGCAUCACCAAGUCUUCACAUCAGAUGCCACCCGAUGUGCGCAAAGGGAGUGUCCCAGGCUUCAGGAUGUACUGGAUUGGCAGACGUACUACGCAGCAAAAUGCGAGUUGAAAGCACGCGAUAAAGGGAUCAGUGAAAUCAGCUUAGCCUGGUCUCUUUUCGGAAUAGCCACACUAUCCGUCAUUGGCAGGUUGAUGGCUCGAUUACCACGAAUGGGCGGUCCUGGACUCUGGUGGGAUGACUGGUUGGUUUUGGGCCUCUGGGUACUGUCCAUUGAGAUGGCGGUAUGCUUGGUGUACCUCCGACGCAGCUGGUCAGGCAGAGAUGCUUUCGGGAUUGUGGAUUCGGAAGAUAUCCAGAGAAUGUUGAUGUGGAUAUACAUCAGCGUACCAUUCUAUGUCAUUGGAACUUACGGCACGAAAGUUGCUUGGGUGGCUCUGUAUUUGAGAAUGUGGGAGUUCAACACGGCGUUCCGCAAAAUGUGCUGGGCCACUAUUGCAGCACUGGUAGCGUGCAUGGUUGGAUUCUCAGUUGGGGCGAUAAUCGUCUCCUGGCCAUUACACUACUACCUCGGCGACACUGCGAUCGUUCGGCUGUCAUACAAAGGCAUUCAGCUUCUGCCUGUGGUCUACAGCGUGGCGGGGAUCAAUAUUGCACUGGACUUCUGGGUCCUUCUCCUACCCUUGCCCAAGCUGAUGUCUUUAGCAGGAGUCUCCAAACAGAGGAAGACCGGCAUAUGCGUUGUGUUUCUGCUCGGGUUUGUCGUCACAGCCAUAAGCAUUGUCCGGCUAAGAUCCAUCUUCCCUCUACACAACACCACCAACGUUACCUGGGACUAUGGACAUUUCGGAACCUGGAGUGAGAUUGAGCUCCACCUGGGCAUGAUCUCCUGCAAUCUGCCCGCCGUUGCCGGGCUGGUGAAACGCCUCAGAUCUCGUAAAAGCCAAGCGUCACGGCAUGUCGAAGCCGGCAACAACGUAGAUUCCAUCGGAUCCUCACGUCGCACACCUCCCAAUAAGWCUCCCACUCUCGAUACCUGGCGUGAGAGCAGUGCAACUACCCUGGGCCAAAGAUUGAGCGAGGACGAAUAUGACAAGACUGUCAUCAUGCUACCUGCACGAACCGUAGCACCUGGUUAA